UAGGUUCCCAGACUACUCAGAACCGAUUUGGGCCCAGUUCAAGAGGACACUUGUGACUUGACUCUCGAGUCAUGGUUAGGUGAUACCGUACAAGCACAUCCUUGCCUUACCAACCCACACAUGUGGCCAUGGCUUCGAACCAGGAACUCUAUUAUCACCUGGUCCUCGCGGCCAAGGUACCCACAUCUCAACCCGAUCCCUUAGAACCGCUCAACCGGAGCCUUAUCGAUUGUGCUAUCAAGGCGUGUAACUUUCUGCGACAACAGUCUUCCGCCGGACCAUGGGACUCUCUGCUUCCUUCCCUUGAGAAGUGUAGGAGUCUCAACCAUGACGGCAUGCUCAGUAAAGCAUCACUUGAGGAGGCGUUCCGGGACAUUGGAGACAAGACGCUCAUCUUGCAUGUGGCGAGCCAAAAUGCCGGCCUCCUUAUCCGACCCAGCCCAAACGGUUCAGUGAUAUUCGAAGCCUUCGAGGCCUCCCCAUCUUUGGAGGCUGUACUGGGAGCCAAGAAUGCGCUUCUGUGGGAUUUCCCUGGUCGCGCGGCUCAGAUCCCGGCCUGCGAAUUUCAGAACGACUCGUUUAGAGCGAGUCUCGCCUUAUUCCUGGAGAAAGCCAGCAUUGAGACUCUAAACGCCCUCAAUGCGCGAGCUGUGAAGAAGCAGACUGCAGUCAUCGAGACGCGUGACACCGCCGACUGUGCGCUGAUUUCUCAGCUGCUCAUGUCCCUGUUGAUUGCUAUUGGUGGGCCCGUCAGCACUCCUAGGUUUCGGAAGAGAGUGCGUGACGAUGUCAACUUCGACAACGCAAAGAAGCCAUGGAGAAGGGCCCCUAUGUGGCUGAUAUUGCGCGUUGCCGUUCGACAGAUGCUAUGUCUUGAGCUGGGAAACGAAACAGGUCGAGCGACUUACAAGAUGUUCAUCUGCGUCGUUCUCGCUCAAUUCCUUGAACAGGCCUCAAAGGAGCUCGCGGCUGAAAUGGUGAUGACCCUCAGAGCCAAGCUGUGCCGACGCCUCGCCAAGCUGGAGUCGGACAAGCUGCAAGCAUCUGAGGCUGUUCGCCCAGUAUACGAUCAGCUCUUCGCCUGCUUGAGCCCCUGGUUCAAGACUACCAUUCAAGUCGCCACUCAAGAAGCCACCAGGGUCUGGGAGCUGCAUAAAGCUUCUGUCCAGAGAAAGAUUUCCCGUCUCCCUGCCAAGUCAGAAAUCGCCAACUUCAAACUCAAGCUUGAAAACAGUGGAAAUUAUUUGCAAUCACUUCUCUACUUGAAUCCGUAUCCCCUCAGAGAGAUACCAUGUCUCGACUUGCGCGCGAUGAAGUCUGGUAUGCUUGGACAGGCUACCAAGUUCGCCGACAGGUAUCUCAAAUUGGCUGAGCUUGAAGAUGAAAUCGAGCAAGGCAUCGAACAAGAGAUGCUACGUCCUCCUAACUCCACGGAUGGUUAUCGCCUCGGAUGUUUGCGCAUCUCUGAAAUGAUCAUCAGACUGAUCGCGGGAGUCGACGAUGCUUAUGAUAACGAUCCAGCGCAAAUGAGCCACCACAUUCUCAAUCUACUGGAUUUGUGGGUGUCGCUGGACCAGUACGCAACUUCGUUCUGUCCUCUUUUGUCGAACUAUCAUCCAUUCUUUACUCCCGAGUCACUUGACUUGCUCCAUCUUCCUUCGUUGUCCGACAUGUCCCGUCUGCAUAAGAUACAGGAGUACUUGAAGGAACGGGCAGCCACCGCCGCUGAAUCCAAAACGAUCUUCGCUCCACCGAGCCCAUCUUCGUUUGGAGUUCGAUACACCCGGGAAUGCGACGAUGGAGUCAGACUCAGUGUAGUGUGGAACAUUAUCGGCAAAAAAUGCGACCGUACCCGACACGACAAAAUCCAGGCAUGGGCCUCUGCGGUGAAUAAAUAUGAGGACCUCAAUGAGAAGAUGCAUGGAGCUGGCCCUUGUCUUUGUAUCCAAAUAUCCGAAACAGAGAGAGAUGUGAGCAAAUGCUUGCCUUGCUUGUGCAAAAGGCAGAUGCGACGAAUGGUCGUCGAGGUUCAUGAAGAUUACCUCCCCGAAGACGAAGAUGAAGCAGCAACAGUUGUCUUUGAGCUUUGUGCGCCGGACUUCUUCACUGCCUAUCGGAACGCGACUUGGAAGAUUCAUCAGACAUUAGCCCUUCAGGGGGUUUCUUCACACACGAAACCUGCAGACACCCUUUUGAGCUAUUGCCAGCUAAAGGACUUCGCAUCUGAGAGCGCCCAGUCGAGCACGUUAACCUUGGCCUCAGAAAUCAAGUCGUUUCUCUCUACUCAUUACAAGAAACCUGAAGUGAGAAACUCACCUCAGCUGCAAGAUAUUGUUCUACCUCUUGCUCUUCGCUUCGAGUACUUUGACAAGGAGUUGAAUUGUUGGGUAAAAGACCAUGAUCAUCCGUUUCAGCUUGCCCGACUUUGUGGAGUGUCUCUUCCGAAUGGUUUCGGGGCUAUUGAAGGGGCAAGAGAUGGAGGGCAGAUGACACGUCUUGUGCGAGAGCCGUCGUCAUACGAGAUUGUUGCCAAUCAAACCAAAUGCCCUACUACCAUGUCUCCAGCCGAGUUCACAGCACAUCAACAUCUACUCUCUGGAACCUCCAGGCGUUGGUUAACAAUGCUAUUGGAACUGAACACUCCGAACCUCAACUUCAGCUCUGAGGAGACUAGCCGCCUGUUUUCCGAGCUCAUUACUCAAGCCGGGACAAUGGAGAGAAGCGCUAGCGCCUUUCGAGACGCCCAUCUAGUUUUCAAGGAUGACGCUUUCUGUACUCGACUGGCCGAACAGGUUGAGCGCAGGCUGACAACGAUCAGUUGGCGAGAUGUCUUCUGUAUGGAUGUGAUUAUUUCAAUCACUCUGCGACUUCAUGAGUUGGGCUCGAGUUCCACAAAGCGCUCAGCUGACAAGCUCUUGAUGAACGCUCGUCGUGUAACAUUUCAGUGGCUCAAAGAUUUGAGAGUCGAAGUUCGUGACGCCGCCCAGGAGGAUAUAGCAGCCAGAGCAAGUGAAUAUGGAAGAUGGGCGGCCAUUAUCUGCCGCCGGACUUUUUCUGCCCACUCGCCAAAGUCGCCCAUGUCAUUGCACGAUCUUGUAACGUUUCUUGAGGCCGCUAUUGGCCUCCAAGAAAACAUGUUAGUGGAUAUUGGCAAACUUCCCCAAACUUUUAAGCUAGUCCUCAUUAGGGAUUUGAAAGCUGCAUCUAAACUGCAGUCCACGGUUUCUCGGGCAAUCAAGGCCUAUCCCCAAGUCAUCGAAACGAUCUUGGAUCCGAUUUGGCCCAAUCCAACGAGUGCCCCUCGGACAUUCUCUGACUUAAAGUUCAUGCCAUCCCCCAACUCCCGCUGGAUCGAACAGCAGAUCAAAACUAACCACGGAAAUUUUGACGAGAAGUAUACUGUACAGUUCAACUUCAUCGAGGGUUAUCUCCUUAUUGACGGAAAACCUCCCGGGACUCUGCCCGCCGAGAUUCGGGAUGCCGAAAUCGUGAGGGAACUCUUCGGCAAUCAGCAUCUAAUCACACUUCCUUCAGCAAUGCCGGGCAUGAGCCACUCGCUGUUAGUUGAGGCCCAUCAUAAACAUCAAGUUCAUUUUGGCAUCCGGGAUGGGCAAGUCAUCAUUCGUGCCAAAACCAGAGAAGGGACUGUCCUGGAACUCAUCCCUCGACACAAGUUUCGACAAGUCAAAGGGCAUGAUAUUCCCACUAGUCUUAUCAACGACUGCUUCCAUUGGAUGGCGAUUUCGGACAGAUCAAAUCCACGGCUAGAGAUAAGACAUGGCAACCCUUGGAGACUGCACGAUCACGACUGGGUGAUAGACCUCAACACGAGAAUCGCGAAACGCAGGGAACACAGACUGAUUGACCCACAAUCGAGGCUGUUCAAGAAGAUUGAGGAAAACUUCAGGCACUUUGAGCAUCCUGAACAUUUACUUGUGUACCAGCCAAGAAAAGGGAGCAUCAUUGUCAAACUUGAAAGACUGGGUCUGACCUUUCACGUCAAUCACCGAGGACUUCUAGAAAGUAGGGAAUUGCGCUCCGAGAUUGACCCCAAUCAAGACGCUGGCACCCUUUAUGGGUUUAUGAGCAAGAUAUGUCUUCGUGAUCUCCAAGAUCCAUCCCAGAGAAGCAUCAUCACUGCCAUGGGCAGAACAACAUGGACCCGCCACGGAUCACGGACAGUGGUGCAAGCAGCGCCAGUUAGUCAGUACGGAUUGUUCUCUAUUGAUAGCGUGCUGGGACGGCUUUGGUGUCUACCCGAGCCGCGGAAUCUUUAUGCGAAGGCGCUCUUCCAUGCUCUUACUUCUUCUCCGUUCCCUGAUCCACUUACUGGACGUACCGGAAGAGAAGAGGCCCAGCAUAUAUUGCAAUCCGGGCUUUGUCAACCGUGGCAGCCCUUAGACAACGACGGCCUAGCCAUGCUGCAGUUCAUUCAUCAGUACCUAUGCCCGCGUCGGGAAUACUACCCGCCAAAUCAGAGGAGACUGCAGACAGCCAUUUGGGAAAGACACUUGUCAUAUGCUCAGCAUGACGGAUAUGAUGCAAUUGUCCAGGCUAUUAUCGCCAAAUCAAAUCGUCUGUCCUCCUUCCACAACAACACAUCAACACCACCGUCGUGUUCCAGUGUUUAUAUCUCUCAUCUUCGGGAGCGUGGUUUGCUUCGGCAAUCUUUGUAUGAGACAAGCUCUUAUUCCCCUUCCAGUUUGACCGGUCAAGGAGACGAGCUGUAUCGUUCCAGAGACUGGGAUAUGACAUCACAAAGAUGUAGCAACAUUUUCCGCAUUGUACGCCAGGUUACAGAGAAUGGGUUCAAGUUUAACAGGACGAAGCGCUUGUUAGAGAUAUUGGAAGACUGGAAAGUUAUUGGAGGCUUUAAGGUAACUCCUGAACAUGACUUCUUCUCCCUGAUUGACGCCAUUGAGAGAAUACCGAGCAAUCAGUUUGGAAGCAUGGUUUCAUUUUGUUGCAACAUUCCGCCAAGCGACAAAUACGCGUUGCCGUUCAGAUUGGCACCACUGGUCUUCGGAGACAAUGCUGACAUGGACUUGGCUGUGUCGUUGGCGGCAUUCUCCCGGAUCAAAGAGCUCAAGGCUCUCGAACAGCCAAAGGGCCCUUUUUUCACGGAUUUCCGGCGUCAUGGGCCACCCACCUUGGAGAUGAUUCAAGGGAUCAUCCGACAACACUCCCCGGAGCUUCCCGUACCUAUGAACCUCCAGUCUGCCAAGUCAAGAUCCAAGUUUCAGAAGGAACAAGAAUAUCACAAACAGUUAUGCGCUUCAGAAGAAAAACGCAUUGCUGAACUGAUUCACUGUCAAUGGCCUACGGAAGCCUUGUCAUUUGAAGGCAUCGGAUCUCCUGUCAUUGACUGUUAUGAGGUUCUACAGACUCUUCAGCCACGGUGGCAGCAGCUCUGGGACAACUACCAACUUUCUCUAUGGGUAGACUCAGUUGAUGAUGUUCUAUCACAACACUCCAGUCCCUAUGAGCUUCCAACAAUGUUGAUUCCGGCAUACACUCGACCUUAUCAGUUGCCCAGGCGAAAAGCAGUUAUCCCUUCCAUUGCCAACGACCUACUCCCCAAAUCAGGCCCACAAGACUUGCUUCUCUCAGCCGCACUCGACGAGAGUCAGUCCAUGCAUUUGAAUGCAUUGGGAUCAAAGGCAGAUCGCAGGCAAGGUUCAGUCCGCCCUGAAUAUCAAGAGCUUGAAUCCAUUCUCGACAGCCUCGCCAAGGAGUCAGGCUCUAUUCGUCAAGAGUAUGCUAGUGACUUACGGAGAAGCUUAAAGGCGCUACAAAAUUCUCCUCGCCGGGUCAAACUGGAUAUUCGUCCCACCCUCGCUUUGAUGGAAAGCCAGAUUUCGUCAUGCGAGCGGUCGAUUGAAAUGCAUAUGGAAGCAAUACAACAGUCGUGGUACAGGGACGACAGCGGCUCCCCAUGGUUGAUUGCAGGUGGGCUCUGGCCGAGUGCGAGUAAAAUUACAAUGAUGGAGCAACUUCGAUCUGUGGCGGAAAAUACAUUUGGAGAUGGAAUGAAGAGUGCCCUAGUCUCCCUCGGGCUUGCGCUCACGAGAUUGCAGAAACUGCGACGGAUGAGGCAUGCUCACCUUCAGGGCAACAACCAACGAGUUCUUGAUGAACUAGCCAAUCCAGGGCAUACAAAUUGGGAUGCGGAGGAGUAUCCAGAUUUUCUGCUGCUUGAGUUGGAGAACAACAUCCUCAUUCGCGAUGAACAAUUCGAGGUUGCUCAGGCGAUUGUCUCCCCUAACUCCAAAGCGAACUCAGUUCUGCAGUUGAAUAUGGGAAAGGGAAAAACUUCAGUUAUUACGCCAAUGGCCGCAGCGAUAUUGGCAGAUAAGCAGCAGCUGUGCAGACUUAUCGUGCCCAAGGCUCUCCUCUUGCAAACAGCACAGAUCAUGCAAUCGAGGAUGGGUGGUUUGGUUGGCCGCGAGAUUCGGCAUAUUCCAUUUUCUCGGCGAACCAAAGCCGGGCCGGAGAUGCUAAACGUGUUUGAAGAGUUACACCACGAGAUACUCAAUUUUGGGGGAGUAAUUCUGGCAUUGCCGGAAUCCAUCAUGUCAUUCUCGCUCAGUGGCCUUCAAAGUAUGGUCGACUCCAAGUCGAAACAAGCGCGGCAAAUGGUCGAAUUUCAGCACUGGCUUACGGAAACCUCGAGAGACAUCCUGGAUGAAUCAGAUGUUACAUUGGCCGUCAAAACUCAGCUCAUUUACCCCAGUGGUACCGAAAAGGCUGUGGAUGGCCAUCCACACAGAUGGCAUGUUGCACAGGCUCUCCUCGGCCUUGUCGAGGCCCAUGUCCCCGACCUUCGCCAAAGGUUCGGCCGCCGCAUUGAAGUGGAAAAUCAGGGCUCGGCGUUUCCACGAGUUUACAUACUGGACGCGGAAGUCGAGCAGGAUCUGAAGCAACGCAUCAUUGAUGAUGUUUGUGCUGGAAAAUCACCCACUUUCCAUCUUGCUGACUCUGUUCAGCCGAGCGUUAGGGCAAGACUGAAACACGCUUUGAGUGAUCCUGUUGUGGAGGACUUCCAAAUCAACAAGGCGAAGCGAGCGUUUGUUGAUAGGAACUCUGCUGCUGACAAAAUCUUGCUGCUGCGAGGUUUGAUUCACAGUGGUAUUCUUCUGCUGUGUCUGAAAAAGAGGUGGAACGUACAAUACGGACUGCACCCUGAUCGCAUACCAAUUGCCGUUCCCUUCGAGGCAAAAGGUGUCCCAUCCGCCAACGCGGAGUUCGGUCAUCCUGACGUCGCCAUUAUCUUCACUUGCCUCGCCUUCUACUACUGUGGUUUGACUUUGAAGCAAUUCACCGAGUGUCUUGGCAGCGUUUUGAAGUCCGAUGAUCCGCAGUCUGAGUACGACAUCUGGACUCAGGGUUGCGCCAAUCUUCCUCAAGAUCUUCGACAGUGGAACCUGAUCAAUGCUGAAGACCAUCUCCAGGUAGACCAGCUGUGGAAGCUACUCCGGCUCAACAGGGCAGUCUUGAACUAUUACCUAAACACAUUUGUGUUCCCGAAACACUGCAAGCAGUUUGAAGUCAAGCUUCAGACAUCUGGCUGGGAUAUUCCUCUUUUUCCCAGGACGACCGACAAACAAGCUCAAUCAGCUCGAACAACUGGCUUCAGCGGUACGAACGACAACAAAUACUUGCUUCCACUUACCAUCAAGCAAGAUGACCUUCCCAGUUUGUCGCAGACUAACGCUGAAGUCCUCUCUUAUCUCCUUGAGAAAAGAAACCGGCGGUACGAGAGGUUGGCUGAUCAUAGCGGGAGAAGACUAACGGAGUAUGGGCUCCUUAAACGCUUGUCACAGACAAAAAUACGCAUCCUCAUUGAUGCCGGUGCGUUUGUGCUGGAGAUGAAGAAUCAUGAAGUGGCAAAGGAAUGGUUGAAGCUUGACACUUUUAGCCCAGCGGCGAUCUUUUUCAAUGAAGAGAACAAGGCCAUGGUGCUCUCUCGCGGAUCCAAAAAGCCGGUUCCGUUGCUGGCCACCCCGUAUGCGGAAAACCUGGCAGAGUGCUUGGUGUAUCUCGACGAAGCGCACACCCGCGGGACAGAUCUCAAACUGCCGCAAAAUGCUUAUGGAGCCCUGACCCUGGCAUUGAAUCAAACGAAGGAUCACACUGUCCAAGCCGCUAUGAGACUUCGACAACUCGGCACAACGCAGUCAGUAGUCUUCUGUGCGCCACCCGAGGUCGAUCAUGACAUUCGGAAAGUGUGUCAGCUCCGUUGGUUGGAUUACGUCGAUUCCGGACAUUGCGUACGGUGGCUUCUUGAAAUGACAUGCCGUGCUAAUGAAAGCCUUCGCCCCUUGUACGUGGCACAGGGGACUGAUUUCUGCAGGCGGAUGAAUUCUGCGUGGGAACAUCCCAACUUUGUUGGUUCAACCAAACACCGGGAGGCCCACAUGAGCGUGAUUCUACAGAAGGAGAGCUCGACAUUGAAGGAGAUUUAUGGAAGCAAAGCGCAAAGUUUAGGUUUGGACGGCGCUUCUCUGGCCAUCACAAAUCCCGAGCUGCGAUCCUUCUAUGGCACGCUCACCAAGAAAAAGAAAGACCUCACCCAUACCGUGUCCGAGGCCUUUGCCUGUGCUCUUGACGAAGUAGAACAGGAGCGCGAAGUCGAGUUCCAGGUUGAGGAGAUCCGUCAGGUGCGCAAGCCCACGCACUACGAUGCCUUGGAAUUUCCCGGGAUGCAUCCAAACAUCGUGCGAUUCAUAGAGAAGGGUGUGCUCCGGGGCACGGAUGGCUACGAGCAUGCCUUCACUGCCCUAGGGAGGACGACACUGGGAAGAAAGCACGAGGUCCGCUCAACAGGCUCGAAACUCUACGUGUCAGCAGAAUUCCGGCGCACUAUUUCAGUCAGCAAAGACCCGAGCGAUAACUUUUUUAGACCCGUAGAAUGGAUCCUCUACGCUCCCCGCACUCAGACAGCCUUGGUACUCAUUCCCGAGGAAGCCGAGAUUGCAAUCCCCAUGUUGCGUGUCGCUAAAACCCGUAGCCCGGUCCAUCUCAUCCCUUACGCCUCGCCAGUCACGCGAAACAUGACCUCGCUAGGCCGGCUUACCUACUACGCCUUCCCUUCGCUGCCUAAGGGCACCGUCAUCCCAGACUGGCUUACAAUCGAGAUCGGAAUCCUCGCUGGCCGUCUUUACUUUGACUUUGCCGAGUACGACGCCGUAAACAAGUAUCUCCAAGCCGGCAAGACCAACGAAGCAGAAGGUGAAGGCGCCGAGGACAAUUGCAGACAAGCAUCUUUGCCAGUGGAUGACAACAAUCAAGUGGCAUUUGCAAAGAAUCCCCUCGGUUUCGUCCUCGAUUGGCUCACGCAGCGGAGACGGGGGCAGGAUAUUACGCAUACGCCUAUGGGCUAUGUGUGUCAGCGUCGCAAGCUGAGCGCUGAACAUCCGUUCUUCAGGUCGCCGGAGGCGGAGGUCCCGGAGGUUAGUGGAAUGUCACCUAAGAGAAGCAACGAUGAGGAUGAUGAGUCAGACUCGGACGGAGAGUAUGACAUGUUGGAGGAGAUGGACCAGUCGGAUGGUGAUGGUGAUGAUGGGUCUGCGGUUGAAGAAUGGGAUCUUGGGGACGAGGAAGAGAGACAUGAUUCUUUCGAGGAUGAUACCAGUGUUACAGACGAUGAAAAGUGAUGAUGUGGUGUUGGUUUGUCAAGCUGGAAAAGGGCGUUAUUUGCUUUGAACAUUUGCUCAUGGCGGGUCUUUUGUUGUGGCGGAGUUUUAUCGGAUUUUCCAGGAAACCCGGUUU